AUGAAAGCGAUUAAGAUCGUCGGCUCCCGACGGGCCAAAGUCACCACCAAAGCCGCCAUGCCUGAACUCGCCCCCGACUGCGUUCUCAUUAAAACCAAAGCCGUGGCCCUAAACCCAACAGACUGGAAGCACAUUGAUUUCAUCUCGAUCCGGGGGGCGACAGUGGGAUGUGAUUAUGCGGGCAUUAUUGAAGAAAUCGGGGCAGAGGUAGAUCCUGCGCAUGGAUUGCAGGUUGGAGAUCGUGUCGCGGGGUUUAACCACGGAUUUGACUUCUUGGUUAUGGCAGGUAAUGGAGAGAAUCUAUCGGAUGGUUCAUUCGCCGAGUACAUCGCCGUCAAGGCACACAUCAACAUCAAGCUGCCCGACUGGGUAUCGUUCGCCGACGGAGCCACGCUGGCCGUGGGUAUCACGACUGUCGCCCAGGGAAUGUACCAGCAACUCCAAUUGCCAUUGCCGGAUCCAUCAUUCCCAUUAUCCACGCAGCCCGGAGCAGCCAAGGAGCCCAUUCUCAUCUACGGCGGGAGCACCGCCACCGGCACGCUGGCCAUUCAGUUUGCCAAACUGUAUGUUGAAUCCCCGACUUAUACUAUCCACCACAUGUCUGACGUCCUUUCUAACCAAUUUACAAUCAGAUCCGGAUACACAGUUAUCACUACCUGUUCGCCGCACAAUUUCGAGCUCGUGCGAGCACGCGGGGCGGAUCAUGUCCUCGAUCACCACUCGCCGGCCCUGGCACAAGACAUUCGGGCGCUGACGGGCAAUCAACUUUGCAUAGUACUGGACUGCAUCACGACGGGUGAGUCUAUCAUUAAAUGCUGCGAUGCACUGGCCCCGCCGUCGCCUGAUCGUCGGCUUCAAUACUGCGGGCUGUUCACCGUUGGGGCGCUGCCACGAGCUGAUGUCGAAGCGGGCUUCACCAUGGCUUACACGGCUCUGGGCGAGUCGUUCCAGAAGUGGGAUAACUACUACCCCGGUAGUGUCGAGGAUGCACAGUUUAUUGGGGAUUUCAUGAAGUUGACGUCGCGGCUGCUGGAGGGCAGACAGGUUCAGACGCAUCCGGCGGAGGUGGGCGAGGGUGGAUUAGAUGGCGUUUUGAAGGGACUGGAUCGUUUACGAAGAGGAGAUGUCAGUGGCGUCAAACUCGUAUAUACGCUAUAG